CGAUCGGUUGUGUAUAUUUUAUAUAUAUAUACAACAUAUAUAUACGCCAAUUAAUUCAACAUUUGGAAUCUUGUUAGUCAACAUGGGCUGUACUUCCGGUUGUUUUAAGUGUUUCCUCAACAUUCUCAACACGCUCUAUGCGCUCUUUGGCCUGUUGAUAAUAGGCAUUGCUACGCUGAGUCUGAGCCAGGCGCCGACUGCAUAUAUUAUCUAUCUGUAUGUCAUUGGCGGGGUUCUGUUUGCAUCGUCUAUUAUCGGCUGCUGCGGCAUCUGCCAGGAGAGUGUGUGCCUGACCACAACGUAUGGAUUCAUCUUGCUGGCCUUGCUGAUUGUGCAAUUGUUUGGCUUGUUUGGGAACAGCUUCGAUGAGGAUUACAUUAAACGCUAUGCGGUCGAAGAUGUUGAUGUCAAAUGGAAACUGGAGAUGAUCGAGCCCGGUGCCAUGGAUAAAAUACAGCGUACCUACCAGUGCUGCGGACGCAAUGGACCCGAUGACUAUGUGAGCAUCGAUCGUGCUACAUUGCCGGACAGUUGCUAUCCCGAUGGCAAACGCAAUAUACCCUAUUUUACCACGGGCUGCGUAAAUGCCGCUGCCGAUGAGUUCUUGAGAUUCUUUAAUUAUGCUGAUAAUAGUAAAUGGGGCUCAUUUGCAGUUACGGCUCUCUUGUGCUUCUGUACUUUCUAUUUGGUGCAACGUUUUCGCAAGGAACGCCAAAGAUACACGUAUCAUUAUUAAAACGAACUGAUUUUCAAGCUCGAUCACAAACGCAAAAAGUGUAUAUUCCGUUUGUCGUAUGCCUGUCUGUCCGCCAAUCUGAAUGCAAAUUUUAUUGCAAGCUAAAGACUUGAAUUUUGAAUAUAUUUCAGUCGUAGUGUUAAAAUUGUAUAGCCAGGCUCCACUGGGGCUCUAUAUAUCUCAACUCUUAUAACAUAGAUCUCCUAUAAAGAUCUAAUCAAAAAUCUAUAUCUUACUUGGGUUAACAAAAUUUAAAAGAAUAACUAUCGAUGAGCGUUGAAGAUCGAUAGCAAAAUGGACAAAAUCGAUAACAUUAAAAAAAUAUUCUCACAAUUGGAGUGUGAACGAGCAUUAAGCAGUCGGUUACAGCCGUCUGUCGCAUUCUUAUUUGCUUAUUGUGUUAAAUUAUCUCAAAUAUUUACAACUUUUCGAAUUGGAAUAUAAUUUUUCAAAAAAUUUGUCAACAUUAUUUUUAGAAAAUUACAAAUAAACUGCUGUCGGUAGUAAAUGCACAGGGCAGUUGUAUAAUUAUUAUUAAUUAUCUAUUAUGGAUGCAUACCCCGGCCUGGCCUGGAGCUGGCGUCAUUCGGCUCAUUCAUCUUAACAUUCCCAAUCGACUCAUGCUACCCAUUCAUGACGCAAUGUGUUCGAUAAUCACAGCGCAUUAGUUUCUAAGAGCCGUCUGAUCGCCACAGCGUAUCUCUCUCCGUCUCUCUUUCUCGGCUGUAACAUCUGGCACAUUGGAGAGCUGGCGUCGCAGCUAUUUACCAUAGACCCAGUUCCAGAGUGCACCACUUUGUAGCUCGUUGGCCGCUCAAUCAUUUAGCUCUCCGGCUGGGUCAGACCGCCCGGCUAUUUGUUUGUUUGUUUGUUUGUUUGGCUUCCGACAUCGCUGGGGCUUUGGUAUACAAACAUGCACACACAUGUA